UUUAAUUUUAUACUAUUAAAAGAAAUUAAAAAUCACAUUAAGCAUAUAAUAAAAAAUUAGACUUUUUCUUACAUGUUAUGUUUUUUGAAUUUUUAAAAACGACUAUAAAUUACUAAAAAUGGUAAAAGUCCCACAUUGAAAUUUUUGGGGUCAAUGGUUUAACUUUUUUUGUUUAAGCAAAAUACAAAUGAUGAUCAUAUAUCAUAGGGGUGGGCGUUCGGAUACACGUUCGGGUUCGUAUCGGAUAUUUCAGUAUAAAAGUAUAAAAUCCGUUCAGAUAUUUCUACACUUCGAGCCGGGUUCGGAUAUUUUAUGUUCAGAUUCGGAUAUUUCGGGUUGGGUUCGAAUAUUUAAAUUUUGAAGAAAAAAUAAAUAAAUGAUUUAUUGAUUAAGUUUUUUUUGUAUUUAAAAUAUAUUUUAACUGGUUUUCUAAUUUUUAGAAAAUUAAAAAAUUAAUAGGUUUGGAGAUAAAACUUUAAAAAUAGAAAGACAUUAAUUUAGUUGUUGUUUUGAAAUUUUAGAUGUAACUUUUGUUAAUGAAAGAAACAAGAGCUUGAUAUAUAUUUUAAGUGAGUAGCAAAUAAUUUCGUUCAUAAUUAUAUGUAUAUUAUCUAAUUUUGAGCAAUAAGCAUCAUUAAUAUAAAUAUUUUGAAUUAAAUGAGAGAAGUAAACUAGAAACAUGGUGUUAAUGUUUGGUUAUUUUUCGAUAUCCAUCCGGAUUUAAAUAUUACUCGUUUGUAUUCAAAUAUUACCCGAACUGGUGAAAUAAGUAAUAUAUUUUGCUGUUCUAGAAUUAGAUUGUUUUUUAGACCGGGCUGGUGAAAAUAUACUAGACAGACAUUUAUAUUUUGAGUCUACACUUAUAUAUUCUAUAACAGCUUGAUAUAUUAGAUUUGAACACUAAUAUGUUAAUAUAGUUUGCCAGUGAUUUUUUUUUAAAAUUUUGAUUCUUAGAUAUGUAUCUGGAGUGAAACUAAUUUUUACAGAUGUCCAUUUUUUUAAAAAAAAAUUGACACUUAUUUAGUUCACCGAAUUCAUAUAAGUUAAAAAAAGAAACUUAACUCAUAUCAAUAAAACAAAGACGAGAAUGAAAGCAUAAUUUUAUAGAGGUAGAAAAUGAACUCAAUUAUGGAGAGUUAAUAGUAAACAAAUCGAGAGCAGAAAACCUAAUCCUCUUUCGUCAUUAUACAAUCAAUGUUGCCUAUUUGGUUUUGGUUGUGUCAGCCGCAAAACUUAAUUUUUUGUGCAUAUGAAGUUUUAAAAUAAUUAAAAUGAGAUGUAAUACAUUAACUCUUCAACAACGAUGAUAUAUUUAAGAGACCAAUACAAAACGGGACUUAGAAAAGUCCUCAAAUCUCUUUAUGACCAUGGAGUCAAUAGCCCAUACUUUCAGUCUUUUUCAAAAAGACAAUGUGAAGAUGAAUAGAUCAACAAAACAAAGAAAGGACAUGAACAUGGGUUGUUUCAGAAUUGGAUCGUCAUUUUAUAAUCGAUAAAGAUUGUAGUGUUGCAAAAUAUUAAAACUAUUUAAUACACAAACAUUAUUAUAAAAACUCAUUCAGCGUAUGCGCACGGUGUUAUCAUCUAGUUGGAAUUAUUGUUGUAACACUAAGCUAUUUAGUACUAUUGACCAUUGAUGUAAUUUUAGUUACCUAUGUUUCCUCUCAGAAAAGGACAUCAACUUUUGCAUGUACUUUGUCAAAGGGUAUGGUGACUAUAGAAGUAUACAAGGGUCCGUGUGGGAUUUGCAUGCUUUAUUGUACACUAAGUUUGAUAUGAAUUUUGUUUUAGUAGAUCAACUGAGUUAAUAUAGAUCUCGAGUUCAAUUCCCGCUGGUGAAAGAAAAACCAGUUUCCAUACCAGUUUCAAAUUUUCCUUUACAAAAAAAACAUUUUCCCCAAAUUCUUGUUUCUAACUUUUUUCCUUAUGUGUUUUUUUCUUCAUCAUUUAAGUACAAUUUACUCAUUUUAAAAAGAAUUCCUAAAAAUUUAUUAAACAUGUUUAAAAUAGUUUUAAAUUUUAUAAAUUUAAACGCUUAGAAUAAUUGUAAAUGUGUUAUAAUGAUUUAUAAACAAUAAAAAAGUGUUCUGGGAUGUAUAAUUACUCUAUGUUUACUAGUUUAGUAUGAUGUUAAAAAAAUUCUAAUAAUAAAAUAAUUAAUUUUGGUUUAAUAUUUUUUAGUUUUAGGGAUGUUUACAUGAAAUGUAGAUGGUUUGGAUAAGGAAUUUGUAUUAUAUUUUGGAGAUUCUGCAGUUUUCAAGUGCUGCAUUAGAUAAAGUACUAACCACCACCUGACUUUGGUCAAAUUUGAACAGCAUAAGCUAGGGUACCAGAAAGGCUUAGAACGUGUAAAAGAGGUCUAUUCAUCAUCUCUUUCACACUCCAUCAAAUAUGAGUUAUAACUCAGACCUUCGGUAGGAUCAGCUGCAACACAAAACGACAUAUAAUAUACUUAUACUAUGACACAAUGAAUAAGAAAUUACUCUGUUUAUAUGGAAUAAUAAAUAACAUUUUCAUAAUGGUGAGCCACUAGACUAAAACAAAUCAUCGACACUUAGUAACGUUCCAUAGUCUGUUUGAAGCUCAAAACAGCAUCUGAAUUCACUGACUUUGAUGGUUUUGGGGCUUUCCGGAUAGCCACUAGACUAAAAAGAAUUAUCGACAAUCACGACUUUAACAGAAAAAGAUUUCACUUACUUUCGUGACAAAAAAAAAAAAAAAAGAUUUCACUUACUUAAAAAACUUCCUAAAAUUCAAUAAAAAUAAAUUAUAUAUCUUUAAUCAUAUUAGCCUCUCCACUUGAAUCCGUUUCUAUUUAAACAGAACACUGAAGUAAAACAAGACAUCCUACCACAACAAUAGAGCAGAGAGUUUCUCGUGUUUAUUUUCCAGUGACGGUGUCUACAAAUGGAAGCAUUAAAAAUGUGUUUUGGUCUUAAAACUCUCCCUAACGUUCACAAUGGCCCUCUCUGUCAUAAGACCAACCUCUCUCUCAUUCCCCGCCGUUUGCUUCAAAACAACACUCCUUUUUCCAAGAAACCCACAAAGCACUUGUCAUGGGUAAAGACUGAGAGUAGUGGCGACCUUGAGAGUACUCGUCCCUUGACCUACUUUUCUCCAUCUACUUGGGGAGAUUACUUCCUCUCUGUUCCCGUCGAUGACUCUGAAUUUGAGGCACUUGAGCAAGAAAUUGAAUCUGUAAUGAAGCCAGAAGUAAGAGACAUCCUCAUGUGUCCUCACAAUAAUAACAAGGAGAAGAUUCGUAUUAUCCAUUUGCUUAUCAGCCUCGCUAUCGCUCAUUAUUUUGGGAGCGAAAUAGAAGAGAUUCUACACCAAGCUUUCCUAAAGUUGGAUGACUUAAUUUCAGAAGAAAAUGACCUGGAAACAAUUGCAAUCAUGUUUGAAGUUUUCAGGCUAUACGGACACAAGAUGUCUUGCGAUGUGUUUGAGAGAUUUAAAGGUGAAGAUGGGAAAUUCAUGGAAAGUCUGGUACAUGAUGUUAGAGGAAUGCUACAAUUGUAUGAAGCAGCGCAUCUCGGACUACCAUCUGAAGAUAUAAUGGACAAUGCAUUGACUUUCACGCGGCAUCACUUGGGGUUGUUGACUGGCCAAGAAACUAGCCCAAAUCUCUGUAAGCAGAUACAACGUGCACUGUAUAGAUCUCGAUAUAAUAACAUAGAGAUAGUGGUCGCACGACAAUACAUAUCUUUCUACGACCAGGAGGAAGGCCACGACAAGACCCUUCUCAAGUUUGCAAAGCUCAACUUCAACUUUUGCCAAAUGCACUACAUCAAAGAGCUUAAGCUUAUCACCAAAUGGUGGAAAGAUCUAGGUAUGGCGUCUCAGCUAUCUUACAUAAGGGACCGAAGCGUGGAGAUCUAUUUUGGGAUGCUAGGAAUGUUUUUCGAGCCACGAUAUUCACUUGGAAGAAUUCAUACCGUUAAACUUACAAUGGUCCUCACUGUUGUGGAUGAUACAUGUGAUGCAUAUGCCACUCUUCCAGAAGUUAUUAGUCUUCAUGAUGCUUUUCAGAGGUGGGAUCUUGGUGCCACGGAAGAACUACCAAGCUAUAUGAGAAUCAUAUACCAAAGUGUGUUAGAUACUUUUGAGUAUAUUGAUCGAGAAAUGAAAGCUAGAGGAAAGUUCGGUACAAUGAAACCAAUUAUAGAUGAUACCAAGAACCUGUUGAGAUUGUAUGCGAAGACAGCAAAAUGGGCACGCGCAGGUCACGUGCCAAGUUUUGAGGAUUACAUGGAGGUUGGGAUCUCCACAGCUGGACUGCAUGGCUUGUCGGCCUACGGAUAUAUAUCGAUGGACGAUUGUGAUCAGAGGCAAUUAAAUGAGUGGUUCAACUCCAAACCCAAAAUAUUUAAAGCUUUAAAUACUGCAUUUCGUCUUAGAAAUGACAUUGCCACUUUUGAGCAAGAAGUGGGCAGAGGAGAGGUUGCGAAUGGCGUCAACUGUUACAUGAAGCAACAUGGUGUUACCAAAGAAGAAGCGGUUGAAGUAUUGAGCAAGAUGGAACGAGAGAAUUAUAAGAUACUGAGGGAGGAAUUUGUUGUGUCAAAAGAUGUGCCACGACAGAUUCUGUUGCGACCCGUAAACAUUGCUCGAGUGCUGGAUUCGUAUUACAAGGACGGUGAUGGAUUUAGUCAUCCUGAUCAAAACCUAAAAGAUCUUGUUACCUCUUUGUUCCUCCGUCCGAUUCCUCUUUGAAAAUUUAUGAAAGUUUGAGUGAUUUUGGGAGAUAUAUAAAAUAAUGAAUAGACUAAAAUGUUUACUCUAUCAUCUUCAACUUUUUUCGCUUAGUUCUUUCUAUUUCGUGUGCAUUGAGAACUGCUCGUGCCUCCUCUUAUAAUUUGGUUUGUUUUCAUAAAUGAAUAAGAAACUACCCAAUUUCAUCUGAUAAGUUACGAGAGCUGAAGUAAACGAAGAACACUGAUGAACAAGAGAGAGAGUGAGAAAUAUCUGAGAAAGAGAGAUAGAUGUAUUUCAAAAUUAAGAGAGAGAAUAAAGAAGGAUUGAUUUCCUUAAUUCAUAAACUCUGAAUACACUCUAUAUUUAAAAACAAAGAAGAGAAAGAAGAACAUAGAAAGACACAUUAGAUAUUUAACAGCUAUAUUUGCAAGAAUUCAAAUUCGAAUGGGUCCCACUUGUCUAGAAGCUUAGCUUCUUCAGUUUCUUUCUUAAUGAGAUAAAAUGGCAUCCACUGAUGGCAUCCAUCGAAUGGUAUCCAUCGCUUGGCAUCCACCGCAUGUAAUCUCUUCUACUUGCCCAGCUUCUCUUCUCUUCAUCUUACUUCUUCAUUAAAAUCUUCAUGUCAAUAUGUUAAGGUUGGCGAAAUGACCUGAAAUGACCUAAACGAUAUGUAAUGAGAGAGUCACAGCUGGUUAUGCUUAGCGUUUGAAUAAUCUCGUAUCUGUACUCGUGGUAGUCUUGCUGCGACAGACUAACUUCUUAGUAUGAGCUUAUGAAAUUUUAACGAACUCAUCAUUGUUGCUUGUCACUCUCCUACCACAUUGAUGUCCGACACAUAUGUUCAAACUUCCUUGUUAAUAUGAUGUUGUCCACUUUGGUCUAUAUCCUCACGGGUUUGUUUUUCAUUUUAGACGGAAUUGGACAUUAUUUAAUAUUUUGAUGUGAAAUUUGGAUUGUCAAUUUAUGUAUAUAGUAAGACAUUGCGAGAAACUAAAUUUCGCAGAGUUUGUUUACGGUUAAGACGUUUCGAAACCACAUCACAGUGAAUGUGAAUUGCAAAAGGUUUCGAGAUACGAAGGCUAUCGAGACGAUGGAGAUCAACAGCUGGGAAUCUAGGAUAAACUAUGAAUAUUUUUAUAUAAAGACAGGGCCUGCUUAGCAUUGUAGGGACCCUAGGGCAAAAAGAAAACAAAACUAUAUACAUAUAAAAUAUUUUUGGGUCCUUUUUCAAUUUUAUUUAUAAGUUUUUUUUAAAAAAAAAAAAUCUAUGUAAAAACAUGUAUUUAUAAAGAAAAAAUUAGACCCCUUAACUAUUAUUAAUAUACGGGGAUUCCGGGGUGGUCGCACCGUCGCCCUAAUUAGCCGGCGCUGUGUGAAGAUCAUCCUCCUUCCUUUUCUUGCCUUCGUAUAAGCUUGUGUCAAUUGUUGACAGAGAAUCUUGCUGAAGAAUUACUCAGAAACAGAGUACUUCAAGGUAUUGAACAUUCCACAUGUGGAAAUCGACGGCUAGAUCAUCUCUUAAGGAAAUAUUAAUAGAUGUAAAAAAAAAAUAGGUAAUAUUAUUGUGCAUAUAUAUAUAAACAUAACCCCAAGUCCCCAACGACCUUACUUGAAGCACACGACACUGUAAUUCACACUUUCCUCAGCUUUUCUUCUAUUAUAUCUCAUAUAGUAAUGACUUUUCAGAAAUGUUGAUAUAACGUUGAAUAAAACAAAGAGCUUAAAUAAUGCAAAGGUGUUGGAUUAAAGGAUAUACUAAGAUCAUCUUUGAAGGAGAUAAUCAACAACUACACAAUGUGUUGAAUAAGUUUGUGAAAAAAAUUGCAGUAAUGAACUGGAUACAAGAAGUUAGGAAAUGCGAGGCAAAGUUUGAAGAAGUGCAGUUCAAAUGGAUUCGACAAACAUCAAAUGUGGUUGCAGACUUACUAGCAAAAGCAGAUAUGCCAAAUGACUUCAGAUUUCAUUUUCAUACUAACAUUCAGUAUAUUAUUAAAGAUGCGGUGAAUGUAGACUUUCACAAUUAUUUAAGUAUAUGAAAUUUGUUGGAAAAAAAAAACAAAGAGCUUGUGAAAAGGCAACAACAUUCAAAAGCAAAGCCUCAAAAAAUCCCAUAGAGGAAU